AGAUUGUGUAGUGUACCUGAUAUUAUCAAAGUGAAAGUACCCGUUUGUUUUUUAACACUAUAUUAGAAUUGAAGGAACUAGGUUCCAUGUGUGCAGAUUGGGAACUAGGACAUUGUCUUGUGGAUGUUAUAGGAAAUACAGUGCAAGAACAGUAACUGUAUCUUGUGGUAUUCGGCCUCCACUGUCAUUAUGUGAUUGUUAAAGAGAGAAGAUCCCAACGAACUUCAGUCACAUUCCAGUUGUAACCAAUUCCAUUCAACUGCUAGUUCCUAGCUCAGUGGAGUUAACAGAGGGUGGAUUCUGACAUUUUGAGAUUUAGGAUCGUAAAGCAUCCAUUCCCCUUUCAUCAUGAUGAAUGGUCAACCCAGAAACCGGAGGAAAAACCAAGAGCUUUGUGGCAAAAACUUCCUCAAGUUUGUGGUGUAUGUCUUCACAUUUAUCUUCUGGCUAACAGGCUGUGCCUUCCUGGCCAUUGGAGUAUGGAUACUAUUUGUCAAACAUUCCUUUGCUAGUCUUCUGGGAAACUCCACCUUCCCUAUAGCGACGUACCUGAUGAUCGGCAUCGGGGGUUUCAUCAUUGUGACAGGAAUCAUGGGAUGUGCAGGGGCGCGGGUUGAAAAUAGAUGUCUGCUGGUUUUAUAUUCUGUGUUUUUACUACUCAUUUUCUUGCUGGAAGCCAUCAGUGGAGUUCUGGCCUACAUGUAUGAGGGAAUUAUCCGAGAGGAGUUAUCGCGAAGUCUAAAUGAUACCAUGAUGAAGAACUACAAUUACGACGCUCACUUAACUACAGCAAUAGAUGACAUGCAACAGAGGUUUCUGUGUUGUGGGGCGGUGUCCUUCAAGGACUGGCAGAAGUCGCAGUGGCUGCGUGAGGACAGGAACACGACCAACAAGGCCCCUGACUCCUGCUGCAUGUCUUACUCCCAGGGAUGUGCCAUCAGUGACCACCCCUCCAAUAUAUACUACAGGGGUUGUAGUCCACGGCUGGCCCAGUAUACCAAGGAAUCUCUGAUGAUCAUUGGCGGUGUGGGGCUAGGACUUUGCUGUGUACAGAUAUUUGGAGUUAUAUUCUCUUGCUGUCUAGUCAGGAAAAUAAAGGACAAAGUAUACAAGUACUGAAAGCAUGCGGAGCAAGCUUUCCAAACUGCCAGGAGGGCCUUCAUUCAUCAAUUCAUAGGACUAUGCAAGCCACUCUUCAAAAUGACAGGCCUUGAAAUUUUGCUGCAAUAAAAUGCUUUGCUCCAUUCAUGUAUGAUGCCAUGUUCGCAAAUCUGUUCUCCUUAUGGGUGCUGAAUGUGUCAUUUCAAUUUUUCUCAUUGCCAUUUUUUAUUUAAUAAACGGAAUACAUGUCAUGUGACUAAUGUCUCGAGAAGAGCUUAUGUUUAUCUUAUAUUCGGUUAAAAGGAUUUUGAGAUUUUAUGACGUUUAUCAUAAAGACAAUUAAAUUUUUGCAAUAACAUGUACUUUAAUUUGUAGGUUUUUUUUUUUCAUUAUAUCAUAUCCAUGUCAUUAUGUAGACAUUGUAUUGAGUGUUGACUGUGUUGUUUAGAGUUUUUGUGUGUGUAUUUGUAUUAUUAGAAUCUGUGAUAGUAAAAAAAAUAAUAGAUGUACCAGGUACAUGUGUUUGUUGUAUUUUUCCAAUAUCAGAUAGAUUUUUACAAAGCCAAUUGUGCUUCACAUGAAUUUUCCUAAAUGUGUAAUUGUGAACUUAUGUUGAUAUGUGUAUCUUGUAUCUUACAAUGUUCUUGGUUUCAGAAUUGUCUCUUUCUCCAUAACAAUCCUUUAACAUUCCUACAAGGGUAGUUUUUUUUUCUAUUUCAUAUAUGACAUUUCAUAAUACAUGUACUUUAUUGAGGUUCCUAAACUGUUAACCAACUUUUAUUCAAGAUGACUUUAUUUUAUUUUUCAUUUUACCUGGGACAAUCUGAUUUGCGGGAACUAAUUUUCAUGACCAAGAUGUAGAUUACCUGGAAAAUAAUAUCCUAGAGACAUUUAAGAACUUGGUUUGCGCCAAGAAAUAUUUGCAAUAACAAGGCUUUCGCAAAAGUUGCGAAAUUUAUUCGCGCAGGAAUAAAAGUUGGUUUGUAGUAUAAAUUAGUUGGCAUAUUUAUAUUAUAUCUUUUAUUUUUUUAUUGUAUUCCUUUUCAUUAGAUAGAAAUUUAGUUUGAUGGGAGAUUAUAAUUUAUUAGAUUUGAUGUGUAUAGUUUAAAUCUUUGUGUUUUUAUCAAUAACAUUAAAGCAAUAUUUCUUUAUGCAGAGAAAUUUCAUCUCUGUUUUUUGUAAUCAAGAGCUUUCCAUUUUGAAAUCAAAUAUUUAUUAAAACAUGUAAUGUGUGCACUAAAAACUUGUGUAUAAUUUGGUUUAGCAGGGGGAAGUCCUUUUGUGUGCAGAUGUUAUUAACUACCAGUACAUACUAGAUAUAUAGGAUCUAGAUGGGUAUAAUCUAAUCAAAUUUACAUGUACCAACAACAUUUGGCCAUGUUGUAGUAUAGUUUUAUUGGUUAAGAGUACAUAUCAUAGGAACACAUUGCAGUAACAAUUUGUUGCAAAUAUUUUUUCUUCAUAAUUAUGCAUGUGUACUAAUGUUCACAUAUCAUGAAAGUUUACUUUUGAAAUGUGACUUUAAUAGGUUUUCUUUGAAAUUGGUAGUUUUAUAAAUAGUUUACGCAACUUUUCUUGUUCCAAGUUCAUAAUAAUCACAUUUAUAAAAAGAGACUUUCCACGCAAAAGAUGUAAAUUAUUAUGUGUAAUUAUAAACUUUCAAUCAAUAUUUCAUCUACAUGUAAUUUCAUUUUGUAAAUAUUUGGUCAGUAAUAUAAUUCCUUAAUUUUUUUUAUUUUAAAGAAUUUUAUUUUAAAGUUGUUUAUAUUUUAUAACAUGUUCCAUAAAAAGCCAGUUCUCGCCCAGUUAAACUUAUUGUUAAAUAUUUACAAGUAUUAUAAAUGGUUUAUAUAUUAUAACUAUGCAUGUCACAUGAUGGUGUCUAAAAGAUGGAAUUUUAUGUCACAUAAAUAUCGUAGAUAUAUCAUAAGUUGAAAAAUGUUGUGAAUUUAGAUUUUGAAAUAAAGUGUAUUUUAGAAUG